AUGUGGGGACACAGGGAUGGGGUACAGCGGGGGGAGGAAAGGGGGGCUGGGAAGGGGGUCCCCAGAAAGGGGGGGCUCUGCCGGGACCCCCCACCCCGCUGCCCGUGGGUACCUGCCCGGGCGAGGAGGGGGCACAGAGCCCAGAGAGCCACGACGGGGACCAGCGCCAUCCUGGCGGCAUCCGGAGCCCGGCAGCUCCUGGGGGACGCGGGCACCGUCAGCAGAGGGGCACCCCAAAACCCUGGGGGGACCCCAAACACAGCCCCGGCAUGGCCAGGGAGGGACGGAGCCCCACAGCCGGGAGGCACCUGCGGGCUCCGGCCUUUGGCUUCCGACCACAGCUCGCUGGUUGACGACUACGAAAAUUCGGAUUCUUCUGAUGUCGCCUCCCUCAUCAAGGACAGCCCUGGUGUCCCCCCAGGGACCUGGCCUGGCAUCGUUGGUGUCCAGGCCAUCCUGGCCAAUGGCACGUGGCACGUGUGUGCGGGGGCACUCAUCCAUGCCCAGUGGGUGCUCACGGUGGCACGGUGCUUCUUCAGGUCUGGGAACGUCUCCAUUUACGAGGUGGUGAUUGGGGCCACAGACCUGGGUGAUCCGGGCCCCAAGGCCGAGGUCAGACACAUCCAGAAGAUCCUGAUGCACCAGGACUACGAGGCCGCCACGGCCAAGAACAACAUCGCCCUGGUGGAGCUGGACCGGCCCGUGGAGUGCAGCGACUACAUCCAGCUGGCCUGCCUGCCCCACACCUCCCUGCCUGUGGCCGAGCUGAAAACCUGCUACAUGGCGGGCUGGAGAGUGGCCCCACACAGCGCCCCCGGCCCACGCCUGGUGCUGCAGGAGGCCAAGGUGCGGCUCAUGGACGUCCAGCUGUGCAACAGCAGCCGCUGGUACCGGGGGGCCGUGCACCCCCAGGACCUGUGCGCGGGGUACCCGCGGGGCGGCAUCGACACCUGCCAGGGUGACAUCGGGGCUCCCCUGGUGUGCAAGGACCAGCGUGAUGACUACUUCUGGCUGGUGGGACUGGCCAGCUGGUGCAGGAGCUGCUCUGGAGAUAAACGACCCGGAGUGUUCACGUCCACCCAGCGCUUCCGUGCAUGGAUCCACGCCCAGUUGGGAUUGGUGUCAGCAAAGCCAGCCCUCAUCCCGAGCCCAACCCUGGUCCUGACUGUGAUUGAGCAGUCACCAAACCCGCAAUCAGACCACUUCACAAUUUCAUUCCCCACAGACACUCUGCUGAGGUUCCUCAAGACUGUGCAGGAGUUCCUGGACUUCCUAAAGGUGAAAAUGAGUUGAUGAGGAAGGAGAACGGAUCCCAUUCUGGCUGCAGAGGAUCUCCAGCAGUCCGAGCUGGGGCCGAGGCUGUGGAGCCAAAGGCAGCCCCGGUGCCCAGGCCAGCUGUGCCCUGCCUACACUUUUGCCCUGAGC